CGGAGCAUCAGAACCGACGACACCCGACGCGACAAGCCAACAGCCUCCCCUAGUCCCCUGCGCCGCUCCAGAUAUCCUUCUAUCCACACCCGCCAUGAGGUUCGCGUGCUUCGGCGGUGCGGCGGCCGUGGCCGACGAGGCGGUGGCUGCGACGACGACUCACCGGACUCCUCGCCGCCGGUGGCGGUUCUUCUUCGGUAGCAAGGGCGAGAAGUCGCCGUCGACGGGGACCAAGAGGAUCACGUCGCCAGGCCGCCGGGCAACGGACUACGUUGCAUACGACAUGAUCGCUGCCAGCGCGGGGAAGUCGUCGUCCGUGCCGUCCUCGUCCGCGCUCAGCACCGCGUCGUCGCUGGACUCGGCCUCCUCCUCGUCCUCCUCCUCCCGCUCCUGCUCCCGGUCCUCCUCCUCCUCCUCGUUGUGCUUGGAAGUGGUGCCAACGCCGGCGAAGAAGCGGCCGGACGAGAAGAGGUCGCCCGCGGUCGGCGUGGCGGCGGUGCUGGUGUGCCUCUUGAUGAUGAUGUUCUGCGGCCGGCUCGUGGCCACGCUGCUUACCACCGCGGUGCUCUGCUUCUUCCCGCGAACAUGGCCGCCUGCCAGGGCCAGGGCGGCCGAGAGCCUGCUGCUGGUUGCGUCGUCGCCGGAGCACGGCACGGCGUCGAGGAGACAAGCGGAGACGAUCAAGACCAAGGCGGUUAUGGAUGGGUUCCUUGCGAGGAACCGCAAGAAGUGAUCCAUCUUCCGACUUCUCCUUUUUUAUUUAGCACAGCAGUUCCUUUAUACUGUAUUUUUUUGUCCGAGAAUUUAUGUAAUUAUAAAUUCGGAUUAAGACUUACACUAACAAAUACGACCUUUAUUUUC